AUGACAGUCGAAUGGCGGGAACGAGGGUUUGUCCCGGACUCCGAUGACGAGGAAGAGUUCGAUUCUCUCAACACGAAUAAUGAGAACAUUGGCGACCAGAGUGAUGCUCUAGGUGGUGAUGUUGACCUGAUUUAUAUUGCCAUUCCGCCUUCACCGUCAAACCCCGAAGCCGAAGCCGAAGAUAUCUCCAAGCAACAGUAUCAGGAACAUGAACAUGAUGGAUCGACGACCUCGUUGGGUGACGACCAGGCACAGCUUGACGCCGAAGAAGAUGGAAAGGGCUCGCAGGAGCUGGCUUCAAGUCCCGCAAUUCGACUCCCUUCAGCUGUUACUCCCCUCCAACAAACGGGCACAUUUUCCAAUGAAAGUUCAAGGCCAGCAACACCUCUUGCAAAACGGACACCAGGGCCUCGCCGAUCUGCCAGGACAACCCGGAGCAACUCAUCGGUCACAAUAGCGAAUCAAAAUGAUGACAUAUGGGAUAUCCCUAGCUCGCCGAUGCAGAAAGCUAGGUCCUCAAGGAAACCACGAAGCCAGGCUUUGACGCCGAAAGAUACGCCCUCCGCGAAAGCCCGCCGAAAUCGAGAUACUCCGCAGACUAGUACACCAUCAGCCUCGAUACGACAUAUAGAUACGCCAUCACGAGACUCUUCGCCGGAUGAAUUGAUGGUACUUGUGCCUUCACCACGAAAGCCGCUUGCCAACAUAAACAGCAAUAGACCCCAUCGACCAAGUGAACACGCCAGGUCGGAUGAUGAGUCCUCUUUAUCCUCAGCGAAAUCCAAUAUCUCUGCUCCGUCUCCAGACAAUUCGCAGAUAAGAAGGGAUGACACAAGGGAAUCACACGAGGAGGACACUUUGGCUCAGAUUUUACCGGGUCUUGAAAUUCCCGAGGAAUUCCAGCUGCCAUCUUCUCAGCCAGAGCUUCCACAGGAGGAUACUGCUCAGCGAGGUGUGCAAGAUGGUAUCCAGAUUCAGUUCCCAGAUCUUCAGCAGGAAUCUGCCCAGCAGUCGACUCGAUCUCUUCGACCUCAUAAACCCAACCAGCUGCGUCCUUAUACGUCAGAAUAUGCGCAUUAUCAUAAGCAAAUGAAAUUAGCCGGUUUGAGGUCGAUUAAAUUGCGCGCUGAGGCGCCUCAGCCUCGGCUCGCUGAAGUCACUGACGAAAGCCAAGGGCAAGAUUCUUUCAAUCCAAAUGCUAUCCGAUCAAGCCCACCGGCGGAAGAGUAUCUUCCUGCACCGAAGCCUAAACGAAGAAACGAAGAACAAACGACUACACCGCGCGCCCGAAAUCACGAAGAUAAUUCGUUGACGAUUCGACGAAAACAAUCCACCAAGCGAAGGAAAAGGUCUCACUCUGGAGCUUGGCAUGAUGGUACGCAUCUUGUUAGCAACGACCCACGUCCCCAAAUGAUCAUCAAUUCCACUCCACCUGGCGGUCUAGACCCAUCAAUCUUUGAUAUACCGACUAGUCCGCCACAGUCUGGUAGUUUAUCUUCAGCAUCGCGAACACCGCGUGCUUCGGAUAUAUUUCGAUUUCCUCCCGGCUCACCACCACCGUCUACCAAAACCCUAGAUGUUGAUUCUAUGGACGUGACUCCAGACGAUGAUGAACCGACACUAGUUAAUCAAGAAAAGCCGGCUACUUCUUCAGAUGAGGAAGAAAGCUCGGAUUCUUCUGGCCUGGAAUCAGAGACUGCAGAGGAGCGUCAGAUUCGAAGAUUGUCGCGACAGACCCGUGGAGUUCUUCCUGCAUCAUGGCAUCGAAUUGAUGCACAGAAACGAGACCAAAAUCAAAAAGCCUUACAGGCAAGCCGUCAUGCUCAGCGAGCAGAUGGUAAGGGUGUUGCUAAGAAACUGUUACGAAAAAGUGGCCAACCUGUACGCCCAACUCAAAUGGAUCUCGGAGACGAUGACGAGAGCGAUGAAGAACCCCAGAGCACACGGACUCCCCGACCAGAUGAAGAGAAUGCAGAUGAAGACCUCGCCAGGAUUAUUGGGUUUGAAACCCCCUUCGACGAAGCUGAAGAGGACGACAACUUCGAGGACAAUCGGGUCGAUUACAUGGUUCCGCCGACCAGUCGCAAUACAGACCCUCGCGCGAAGCCAAACAGCCUCAAGCGCGUUCAUCCCAAAGAAAGCUCGAUUGCGAAAGAGAGAAGAUUAAAGAGGGCUCGAUCGCAAAAGCAAACAAGAAUCACUGAUUCUUCCUAUGGGACCCAGCGAACCAAACGACCGCCCACAAAAUCAAAACCAAAAUCGAAAUCGAAAUCGAAACCAGCACCCCGGCUGGGAAUCUUGGAUGCUCCCGGUGUUGCCAAUCAUCCUGAAAAAGACCAGCCGCGAUUUUUAAGAGUUGCAGCGAGGCGAGCUCGCUCGCAUCAAGACGGAGGCAGACAGAGUCCGAAUCGGAAGUUUCUGCAACUGGACUCACGGCGCGACACGGCGGAUGCAAAUGAGUCCCUGUGGGCAUGGAGACGAGGAGCAAUUCCACAGACCAAUAUCCAGCCUCGACCAAAGCCUCGCAAAAAUCCGACACCCGCAAAUUUUUCAAUUAGCCGUCAACGGAACACAGCAUCUUCUGGUAGUUCGUGGUUGACCAACCAUUUCCCUGUUGUGGAAACCGGUGACUCUCUCGACAUUGAUAAUGAUUCUACGCAUCAGCUGCCAGGUGGAGCCAACUCGCUUCCAGUAGAAGCACCCAACAGCGAUGCGACACAAUCGCGAUCUACGCAUGCUGAAAAACGAGGACAUCAAUGGAUGAUUCAACGGAAUACUGAAAUCUCAUCUUUGCGACGAAACAUCCUCCGUCCUGCCGCCGGAAAUCAGACAGAGCGCAGUCCAGGACAGCCAAUAUCCAGAGCAAUGUUCCACGAAAGAGUGGUUCAGCUCAAUCGAGACUAUCGGUCUAGAAAUUCGACUCGAAAAUUCAAGCCUAGCUCGACACUCCCUAGCUUGCCACUCGACCGAUACAUCUCAAAUGUUGGACCAGCAGAAUCAUCGCCCAGAGUGGUUCCCCAACAUAAUCCUGCCCUAGCAACAGAGAGCCGAAGCAAGCCACAAGUUUCUGUCACUCAAAGUCGCCGUCGCUUGAAGAAGCGCUCACCCAAACAUGUCGAUCUCACCUUGGACCAAUUCUUGCAGGAUGCACAACAAAUGCCACCAAUUUUUGAUGAGCUGGAAGUUUUCGCUUCGACCGGCUCAGAACCCACUCGAGCUUCGACUUUGAAUGUGGGAAACGGUCUUUUCAAUUGGCAGCGUUCCUACCCACUGGAUUUCGGGGUAUUGCCGCUGCGUAGCGGCACUUUCUUCCAUGAGUCUACGUUCAUAGGGAGUGGAGAAUUCGCACGAUCAAUGCAGCUUCUCAAGCGGGACUUGGAUCAAGGUGCAGGGUUCUGUUCCAUACCGUUCAAGGAUACAAUCUUCCGAUGGGGACCUUGGAAUGAUAAAGUAUCCUCUGAAAUGGGCAUCGUAUUUGAUUCCAUCAUCGCGGAUGUCGAAUCACUCGGUGCCUCAAAUUCCGAGGCAACCAUAUCACCACCAUUGUCGUCUUCAUCUCUCGCAUUGCGAGCAUUGGUUUCCUAUGCCUCCGAGAACUUGACGUUCGCUGAUCCUAUCGACCGGGCAGGCUUUAUCAGCCGUUCCCUGGCGUUAGCUCUCAAUCUAAGAGACCGCAUCGCUUCAGCUCUUGCGGCCAGCAAUAUCGAUGAUCAGAACAUUGCCAGGAUUUCUUGCUACAACAUGGUAUUCGUGAACCAGAUACGUCAGGUCGCAAACCAUAGACUACUUAGCCUCUCUCUCGGCAAGGAAGCACUAGAUCUAAUCAAACCUUGUGUUAAGGACACAAUUCGCGCAAUUCUAAGUCAAACCGGGAGAGCCGAAAUCAAGCGUCUACUGGAGGAAAAUGAAGACGAUCAACGGCGUGAAAUGGGCAUUCGAGAGGGAUUCCCAUACACAGAGGCAUGCGUCAUUGCCGAUCAACUUUUGCGCUCCUCGGAGGUAUUUGGUCGAGUGCUCGAGGACUACGAGGUUGAGCCCUAUGUCGAAGGCAUCAUUCGCAAUCAGAAAGACAUCGGGAAUCUGGAGAUCGCUUGGCAUAGCUUGUUUAUGAAGUUACCCCUCCAUGAGAUUGACAAACAGGGCAUCGCCCGUCGAGAACUUCGCUUCAAAGCGAGAAAUGACAACUGGGUUCUAGUCACAAAGCUCCUCUCCCCGGUCUUUGAAAGCUACCAUAUUCAUUCUGCGACCCGGACCCUAUCAUAUAACGCUUACUGCCGAACACUCUUUCAAAGAUGUCACCGCCUAAUCAAUUAUUGGGGCUGGAGAGACUGCAAACCCAUCCUUGACACUCUCUAUGAAUUCUUCGCGCAGAGGACGCUCUAUAAUCUGAAACUCGAAGGAAGCCAUGGAUCGCCUUCUUUUCUCGACGAGCUGGAUCAAAAUCCUUCUCUAGAAAUCCGAGCUGGAGAACCGACAUUUCACACUUUCCUGAAGAUCAUCGCAAGUGGGAUGCGCUUUUUGUCUAAGCGCUACGACAAGAAGAUAAUUCGAAACUUCGCCUGGCGCCUUCUUCCGAAUCAUGGACGCAUGUAUCCGAAAGAUGAUGAUGUGAGCUAUGAGGAUCUCGAUGCUUUGAGGAACCAUCACGACCUUCUCUGUACCUUGUACUGGGUUGUUCCUGAUGGUUGCCGGCCUCGAUUGGAAACUAUCAGAAACCUCGUCAAUCCGGCAACUUCCCACAUCGGAACAUGCGACAUCAACCUGAAAUCAUGGACAAGACUUGUUCGGUUCAAGCUAUCUACCGACGAGGAAGUUUCGAGCCUAGAACCAUUUGCCGAAUGGCAUAGCUAUCUCGUGAAUGAACUUCGGAAGCAACACCUCCUUGCCCGAAGCGAGGGUGAAGCUCAGCACAAAAAGGGGGGAUGCACUACCGAACAGAACAUCCGAACUAUUAUUUCUGACAACCAGAUUCCGAUUGAAAGUUUAUUGAGCAUGGCACUCGAUGGUUUGCUUACUGCUGUUAAACGGGCGCCGACACUGGAGCAUGCGCAUCGGCUGAUCUCGAAAACCCCCUUCGAGUCCCUGCUGCCGUUGUUUGAUCCGAAGGUGUCGCGAGUCAACGUCGUUGUAUCUGAGGCUCUCGCGGUGAUCACGGCGUAUACUCAAAAAGAUGGCCCUGCAUUAUCGUCUGCGACUGAUUUUCCCGCGCCGGCGGCUUUACCAGCACCAGAAGAUGAUAGCCAAGAAUAUGGAGAUUGGGAUGAUAUCGAUGCCGUCAUGGUUGAGCCGACAAUCCUUAGCGAAGGGAUUGAACAUGUUCAGUCUGAUCUCCACCCUGUCGUCUCUCGCCUGGUCUCCGACUGCUUUGGAGCAGACGAUUGCCCAGAUGAUGCGAUUCUCGAAAGUACUGUGGAUUGCUGGACGUCAGUUGCCCAGGUCUUAGUACGUCAUGGCAUCAAGCGCUGGGAAGAUUAUUUGGAUCCUUUCGGUGACGAAUCGUGGAAAAGACUUCGCGAGAAGGCUCAGACCCGCAAAUUCUCACCUCGGUUCCUCGCUGCUUGCAUUGAGAAAGAUUCUCGAAUACUUUCUGACUGUCGAGUCCUUGUCAUGGGAAUGUGGAUGUCAUCAUUGAUGGAGCGAUCCGCUUUGCUGAAAUUCCAGCAUUGUUUGACGGAAGUUCUGCUCAAUGAUCUCCCAAAAGACCCGCUGCUUCGAAACCUUCCUUUUUACAAGGAAAAGAAGGCUGUCCGAUAUAAGCUAACGAUCGAAGAGCUUGCCCAGCGUCGCAUCUCGCUUAUUUCCAGCGUCUUGUCGAACAUGCGCGAACAUGUGCUGGGAAUGGAGCUCUCAGCUGAUCGGAAUCUGUCUGUCACAAAGCGAGAAUACUCGGAAGUACUUGAGCAAAUGAUGAGUGCGAUGAAGAAAAACUAUCUAGAGCUCGGCGGGGCCGUGGCAGAUGCCCGGAGCGACUAUGUCAACUUUGUCCACCGAAUCAUCCGAUUCUUGCAAGAACUUACAAACGACAUCAAACCCGUGGAUCCGUUCUUCAUAAACCCGGCGCUGUUCCCUCUGCCGUCCUCGGAUCCUCAAUACGUUGUUGCAAGACUGAAGCGCUACGUGCCGAAACUCUCUUCUGAGCAGGGACUUCAGGCACUGAUCAUGUUUACUCAAGGCAUCGUGGAACGCGCUAUCAUGGAGGGUCAACAGGAUCAUCUCACCGAUCAACUGCACGCAGCAAUGGCGAAUACUUACGAGGCUGGUGAUCCCGAUAAGCCCACACUCCGGGCCAUCCUUCUACAAUGCAUUUUCCCUGGGUAUAUCGAACUCGUGUUCAGUGCUCGUUCUGCUUGGCUCUUGAGUCGAUCCAUAAUCCGGAGCAUGACUCUUGUUCUCAAGGACUUGCUGUUUGAUAUGGACGCCACGGACUCGAAUUGCGUUUCUUCCGUGCUUGGAAUCUUCGAUGCCGUUUUCUGCUCUGCGUAUCGCGCUUUGCAUCCACUCUCAAAUCGCCCGGCUGUUUUUCAGAAUACAUGCAAUCUUGUGAUGCUCGCCACUUUCAUCGAAAUGAUAUCCUCGACACUUGUCGUGGUGGACUUCAUCGACCGCUUGACCGGUGUUGCUGAUGAAACUGUCUCAUACAUUAAGUGGUUUCGGGACUUUGCCGUCAGUGUGCUCUCCCAUCUCGACGAUGCCAACAACGCGGGUUCGAUGUCGGAAAUGAACAUUCAGACGGACUCGGGCCUGCAGAGACCUCUAGGAACACCCCCAAGCUUACCGUCACAUCUCGUUGCAACCCGUACCAUUGCUUUUGAGGAACAUCAAUCUUGUCUCAAGAACUGGUCUUCGCAUGGUGGUAGAUACUACCAUACUCGAAGCGGACAUGACUCGAAGGAAGCUACCCUUGAACCUCAAAUUGAACAUCUCGUUGGGAAUAAUGCCGAGGCUAGGAAAGCCUUGAGUGAUGCAGUGGGAGAGUUCCUAAACCGAAUCGAUCAGCUUGAGUUUUUCGCGGAUGAGCAUGAGUGA